GAUUACAAAAAGUUUUCACAUAUAGAAAAACAAAUGUGUAUUAUGAUAUUUUACAAGAAGUAGUAGAUUCAUAUAAUGAGAGCAAACACAGAAUUAUUGAAUGUUCGCCUAGGUCUGUCAACAAGUAUAAUCAGGUGGAUGUUUGGUUUCGGAGUAAUAAAGAUGUUCUUAUGAUGAAGCAUCAAAAACCGAAAUUAAAAUCAGGAGAUUUUGUUAGAAUUAAAAUAAAUAAAGCGCUUUUCAGGAAAGGCUAUUCCCCUACUUUUACAGACAAGAUUUACAAAAUUAGCGAAGCUCAUAACAGCAAACCUAUGACAUACUCCAUAAUGGAUAAUUCAGGGGAAAAAGUGUUAGGAAUUUUCUAUCCUCAAGAACUAUCUAAAGUGUUAACCUAAGCUAUUUACAUGCAAAAUUAUUUGAAAAAUGAAAGCGGUCCCCAUUUCCGCUGGAGCGGAAAUGGGGACCGAGAUUCAUCACAUGUUGAAUGACAAUUUAGCUGAUAAUGUAUCCUCUCAGUUCGAUUAUAGAUUUGAAGAACAAAUAGAUGUCCUAUAAUACAAAUACAUAGGCUGAGGGCCGAUAAUUUUGCGCAGCAGAUGAUAGUGGACGGGUUGCGGUAAAAAUUUAAAAAAUUGUAAAACAUGUAAAAUUGUUGAUAAGUUCAGGUUACUGAAAAAAAUUAGCCAUUAAAAAAUCUGGUUUAAAUGCGAAAAAUGCAUUCUCCAAGCCUUGAUUCUAAUGUCAAUGUUUCAUAAACAAGUGAUUAUUAAAAUACAGUAAUGAAGGAAUUUUUCACAUUAGGUUUGUUCCUGACAAUUCAUGAAUAUUGAGAUGUACAAUUAAAAGACUAGUUUAAAUACAUAGUACAUAUUUUGGUAAAUGAGUCAUUGCAAAAAAGUUGGGGUGUGAAUCUCAUCAGCCAAGGGUUUUGGAUGAUUUUCAUUGCUAUAUCGACUUUGACUCACUUAUGUAAAUAUACAUAACGAGGUUACCCAUUUGGUAAAUGAGUCAUUGCAAAAAAGUUGGGGUGUGAAUCUCAUCAGCCAAGGGUUUUGGAUGAUUUUCAUUGCUAUAUCGACUUUGACUCACUUAUGUAAGUAUACAUAACGAGGUUACCCAUUUGGUAGAAAAUGUUUUCAUCACUACAAACAUAAAUCAGUUGGAUACAAGCGAACAGUAUAAUAACUUCAGUUUAAUUAAAGAACGAUUUCAUUACCAAAUAAUUCGCAGAAUUGUGCAAUUCCUUCAAAUAAUUGACGAGUUUUGAGAACUAUACAAAUAUGCCAAUCCCCCCAGGUAACAAGUUCUACGAGGCACUUGCAAUUCGGGAGUCACGUAACAAUCCCACCAUCGUGAACGAAUUUGGCUUCAUGGGCCUCUACCAAAUGGGUCCUGCAGCUCUGAAGGAUACCGGGUACAUGAGCAGCAGAGGGACUUGGACCGGAAAAAAUGGGAUAAACUCUCAAGCCGAUUUUCUCAGCAGCCGUUCCGUCCAAGAUGUAGCUAUCCGUGAGUAUCAUGUCAAACUUUGGAGUUAUAUCCCGUCAGAUGUGAAGGCCGCUGUUGGACGAAGAAUUGGCGGGGUUGAUGUGACAAGUUCGGGCCUUCUGGCUGCAGCUCAUCUAAGGGGACAGGAUGGGGUGGCAAGAUUUAUUCGCAGUGGUGGAAGGGAUGAUGACAGGGAUGAAAUUGGGACACCUUGCAGUGAAUAUAUGCGACAGUUUGGGGGCUAUGAUUAAGUAUGUAAAAAAAUAAGCGAGAUAUGAAAUGUGGAAAAUAAAUGUGAAUUUAUCAAUCAAAGAA